AUGGUGUACAUAAACACUCCUAAGUGUGCGAUGUCUGCUACUUCUCCUCCAUGUCGGAAGGCCGAGUCAGAGAGAAUCUGGAUGCUUAGAGUGAAUAUCAAAAGAGAUACAAUCUGCAGCAAGAGACCAAGAUUUACAGAGUAUGUUUAUGGUGUUGUGGUAUACACCGGACCGGACACCAAAGUGGUCCGCAACUCCAUGACAUCGCCUUCUAAACGGAGCAGGGUAGUGACAAGGUUGGACAAGGUGAUAUAUGUUUUGUUCUUGAUGCUGAUAAUCAUAUCCUUGAUCACCUCCAUUGAUUCAUCUCGAUACACCACAGAGACAGCAAAAGGACAUUGGUACCUUCAAUUGCUAGAAGGUAGAGAUGAGUCUUUUGAUCCAUGUAGACCAUUGAUACCUUCUCUUACGUUCAAGUUGUUGGAAGAUAAAAGGUGUGGAAUCUACGAGCUAAUCAAGAAGGAAUUCUGUAUUGGUUGUUGACAAUAUUUGACAAUAUGGAUUGAAAUUUAUGGUAUUUGACAAUAUGGAUUGAAAUUUAUGGAUUUACUUUUAUAUUUGUUGGUUUUAAAAUAUAGAUUUGAUGUAUGUUUAAAAAAUUUGUG